AGCUCCGGACGCGAGAGCCGCGGUCGCCGCCGCCGGGAAGACGGGGCCGUGAGGAGCGCGCUGCCGGGCGCUGGCCGCCCUCACGCCCGCUGCCUGAGGUCUUAGCUGCAGUGACUUGCCCUUUUCAGAAAGGACAACAAGGUCCACGUGGCCCCUCCUCAGGCUCUCCAGCAGGCCUGGGUGUCCCAGCAUGGCCCACUGAGGUGAACCAUGACCAUUUGGCCGACACUCACCACUGUCCAGCCAGAAUUGCAUCUCACCAGGAGGUGACCCCUCCUCCAGCUGCACCCCCCACUUGCCCACUCCUGCCCAGGAAAGUGCCCGCAGCUGCCACGGACACCAUGUAGUAGGGCCGGUUGCGGCGCCCAGUGAGCUGCGAUGGUUUUGUACACGACCCCCUUUCCUAAUAGCUGUCUGUCCGCCCUGCACUGUGUGUCCUGGGCCCUCAUCUUCCCAUGUUACUGGCUGCUGAACCGGCUCGCGGCCUUCUUCAUACCUACCACCUACGAGAAGCGCCAGCCAGACUGCCCGUGCUGCCUCCAGCUGCUCAGCACCAUCCUCUUCACACCCGUCUACCUGGCCCUCCUGGUGGCCGCACUGCCCUUCGCGUUUCUCGGCUUCCUCCUCUGGUCCCCGCUGCAGUCUGCCCGCCGGCCCUACAUCUAUUCACGGCUGGAAGACAAGGGCCCAGCUGGAGGGGCAGCCCUGCUCAGUGAAUGGAAGGGUCCAGGGGCUGGCAGGAGCUUCUGCUUCACCACUGCCAACCUCUGCCUCCUCCCUGACUCGCUGGCGAGGCUCAACAACCUUUCUAACACCCAAGCACGGGCCAAAGAGAUCGGGCAGAGAAUCCGCAAUGGGGCCGCCCGGCCCCAAAUCAAAAUCUACAUCGAUUCACCCACCAACACCUCCAUCAGUGCGGCCAGCUUCAGCAGCCUGGUGUCACCGCAGGGUGGCGAUGGCGUGGCCCGGGCCAUCCCUGGGAGCAUUAAGAGGACAGCCUCCGUGGAAUACAAGGGCGAUGGUGGGCGUCACUCCAGUGAGGAGGCUGUCAACAGCCCGGCUUCCCGGAAUCCAGCUGAUUGCGGCCUUGAGGAUGCCUGCAUUGUGCGCAUCGGUGGAGAGGAGGGGGGCCGACCACCCGAAGCCGAAGACCCUGCCACCGGGAGCCAGGCCAGGAACGGGGCCGGCGAGGGCCCGAGGGGCCAGAUGCCCAACCACAAUCAGCGGGAUGGGGAUUCGGGGAGCCUGGGCAGCCCCUCGGCCUCCAGGGAGUCCCUGGUGAAGGCACGAGCCGGGCCGGACAGCAGUGGCGGCGGCGGGGAGCCGGGCGCCAACAGCAAGCUCCUGUACAAGGCCUCGGUGGUGAAGAAGGCAGCCGCGCGCAAGAGGCGGCACCCGGACGAGGCCUUUGACCACGAGGUCUCGGCCUUCUUCCCGGCCAACCUGGACUUCCUGUGCCUGCAGGAGGUUUUUGACAAGCGGGCAGCUGCCAAGUUGAAAGACCAGCUGCAUGGCUACUUCGAGUACAUCCUGUAUGACGUCGGGGUCUACGGCUGCCGCGGCUGCUGCAGCUUCAAGGCCCUCAACAGUGGCCUCCUCUUUGCCAGCCGCUACCCUAUCAUGGACGUGGCCUAUCACUGUUACCCCGACGGGGGGAGCAUCGAUGCCCUGGCCUCUAAGGGAGCUCUGUUUCUCAAGGUGCAGGUGGGAAGCACACCUCAGGACCAAAGAAUUGUGGGGUACAUCGCCUGCACACACCUGUACGCCCCGCCAGAGGACAGUGCCAUCCGUUGUGAGCAGCUGGACCUGCUUCAGGACUGGCUGGCUGAUUUCCGAAAAUCUACCUCCUCGUCCAGCGCAGCCAACCCCGAGGAGCUGGUGGUGUUUGACGUCAUCUGCGGAGACCUGAACUUUGACAACUGCUCCUCUGAUGACAAGCUGGAGCAGCAGCAUUCCCUGUUUACACACUACAAGGACCCUUGUCGCCUGGGGCCGGGGGAGGAGAAGUCAUGGGCCAUCGGUACCCUGCUGGACACGAAUGGCCUCUAUGAUGAGGAAGUCAGCACCCCUGACAAUCUGCAAAAGGUCUUGGAGAGCGAGGAAGGCCGCAGGGAGUACCUGGCAUUUCCCACCAGCAAGAGCCCAGGCCAGAAGGGGCGGAAGGACCUGCUGAAGGGCAACGGCAGACGCAUCGACUACAUGCUGUACGGCGAGGAGGGGCUCAGCCCGGACUGGAAGGCCGAGGUGGAAGAAUUCAGUUUUAUCACCCAGCUGUCCGGCCUGACCGACCACCUCCCAGUGGCCAUGCGGCUGAUGGUGUCUGCGGGGGAGGAGGAGGCAUAGACCAGCCAAAUCGCCGGUAUCCAGAGCAGCAGGGCCUCUGUCAGCCCUUUGAGCCGCCGCCCAUCCCUGGGCCAUGUCCCCUCCAUUGAGCACUCAGUGCUGGGGGGAGGAGGGCAGGGGACAGGGAGGGAGCCAUGGCAGUCCCUGGGAGCCUGGAAGCAGUGCUCUCUGCACCUCUGGGGCCCUUGCUGUGGACAGAGGAGUCAGGCCAGCCAGGGAGCCCCCGGCUGCCUAACCAGUGCCAUUCUUUCAAAACAUGAUUUUCUACAAAUCUACAGCACAACCUAGUUUGUAAGCCGUGGGUUAGUAUGAGAACCGGGUUUAUGUACUAUUUGUAUCUCUUCUUAAGCUUCGUCCAGGGUACAUGAUUUUUGUCUGCUGCCAAUGUCGUCUCGCAUGCCUGCACCCUCGCAUGCACGCUGCCCGCAUGCCACGCGCCACGCCGUUGCCACACAGACCCCUCACUCGGGCCUCACCCAAGGCCAAACUCCAAAUACAAUCAGAACCAGCCAAAGAAGCACUUCCUGGGCCCGGGCUGCCAGCUCUCCUGCCUCCAGCCUGGACGGCUCACCGCAGGGACCACAAGGGCUGGGUUGUUACCAGCCAGCCCAGGGCUCUUCCCAGGGUCUUGCAUUCAAGGGCGAUUACAUUUUAAAAAGAAAAACAGAAAAAGUUAAAAACAAACUCAACCCUUCACUUUCAAGGGUCUGCAAGUCGCCAGGUAGAACUUUGCUCUUCCUGAGACAGGGUCCCUUCUCCCAGCCCAGGCACACCAGGGUCCAGCUGGCUCUGGCCACCCCAGAGGCUCCUCCAGGAGACUCCAACCUGGGCAGUGGAGCCAUAAACGGGAAAUCCGAGAAGAGAGCAUCAUUUUUUUUACAGGAAGAAGGGGACUCGCAGCAUUGGGCGGGGGGGUGAUUUUGAAAAUUAUAGAUUUGUAGCUUCUUCUCUUCUGUCAAAACCAACACAUCCUCCUCUUUCUGCC